AUGGACGGCCCAGGAUUGGCGAAGAGGAAACUUUUAGGAUGUCCAAAUAUUUUCUCUGUGUAUAGCGACAAUUUUUCUUCUUCCUUCCAGAUUCGUGUGGAGGAAAGAUCUAUCUAUCUAAAUAUGUUCGUAUCUAUCUAUCUAUCUAUCUAUCUAUCUAUCUAUCUAUCUAUCUAUCUAUCUAUCUAUCUAUCUAAAUAUAUUCGUAUCUAUCUAUCUAUCUAUCUAUCUAUCUAUCUAUCUAUCUAUGUUUCGUAUCUCUCUAAAUAUUUUCGUGUCUUUCGACUUAUCUAUCUAUCUGAAUAUGUUCGUAUCUAUCUAUCUAUCUAUCUAUCUAUCUAUCUCAAUAUAUUCGUAUCUAUCUAUUUAUCUAUCUAUAUAUCUAUCUAUCUGAAUAUGUUCGUAUCUAUCUAUCUAUCUAUCUAUCUAUCUAUCUAUCUAUCUAUCUAUAUUCGUAUCUAUCUAUUUAUCUAUCUAUAUAUCUAUCUAUCUCAAUAUGUUCGUAUCUAUCUAUCUAUCUAUCUAUCUAUCUAUCUAUCUAUCUAUCUAUCUAUAAUUAAUUUAUUCCGCACCGUCUAUCCGCGCCAGAAACGGUGCCCUCCCACGUUUUAUAACUGUCUCCGCGGGAAUAGACACCCCCCAACCUCUUCCCUUAAACUGACCUACCCUUUCACCCAACACACUCUGUGCUGCCCUCUCUGUAUUCCGAACAAUAACGUGAACCUCCAACAUAAACGCCGAGGGCGACUUUCACUGACCAUUUGA